AUGAAUAUCUUCUCCAACAAUGUUCGUGGAAUCGGGUGCGAGGUCAAACGGGGCUGGCUCAGAGAUUGUCGCAUUAAAUACCACUCUUUUUUUAUGGGGCUUCAGGAAACUAAAUCCAGGGACAUAAUAAACAACCUGGAUAGGCAAAUAUGGGGCUCUCCAAAUUUCAAAUGUGAGGUUAUUGAUCCAGAUGGACUCUCUGGUGGUAUUGCCUCAUUUUGGGACCCAUCUCUCUUUCAAGCCUCUGAAGCAAUUAAAGGUGAAGGCUUUCUUGCAAUCAAAGGUGUUUGGCUGGGUUUGAGGAAGUCUUGCUGUUUUGUCAAUGUGUAUGCUCCCCAGGAGCCUAUAAGGAAAAGAUCUUUAUGGAAUAACCUGGUCGGGUUGGUCAACUCAGAUUCGGACGCUUGCUGGUUCAUCUUUGGAGAUUUUAAUGUUGUCAGGCUACCGGAGGAAAGGAUGGGUUCCGGGUUCUGCCAAAGUAGUGCCUAUUACUUCAAUGAUUUUAUUCAUACUCUAGGUCUAUUAGAAAUCAAAAUGGGGGGGCGCAGAUUCACGUAUAUGAACUCUGCUGGUGACAAGCACAGCAAGCUGGACAGAUUUCUUGUUUCUUUAAACUCCUUAAAUUCUUGGCCGAAUUUAAAUGUCACUGCCUUGCCUAGAGUACACUCAGAUCAUUGUGCAAUUCUCCUUUCAGCUUCCCAGUUAGAUUUCGGCCCCACUCCUUUCAGGUUCUAUAACUCAUGGCUCGAGGAUCCGGACUUUGCGAAAAUACUAAGUAAUGGUUGGUCAGUCAGUAAUUGCCCCAGGCGUCAGCUAUAUCUAUCUCCUCUCUCCUUGGUGGCAAAUAAAUUAAAGAACCUAAAGGAGCAUAUCAAAAUUUGGAGGAAGGAGGUGAUCGGGAGAUCGAAAAAGGAAUUGGAUGAGCUUACAACCCAAAUAAAUGACAUUGAUCUCUUGGCUGAGAAGGGGCUGAUAAACAAUGAAAUGCUCAAAGCCCGUCAGAACGCUCAACAAAAAAUCAUUGAAAUCGAGUCCGAGCGCAUUAAGGACCUGAAGCAAAAGUCUAGAGUUAAAUGGGCUCUAGAAGAUAGGGCCCCCGGGCCUGAUGGAUUCUCUUUCGCUUUUCUAAAGAAGCAUUGGGAGGAAAUUGGUAGUGACUUCUACCUAGCAGUCAAGCAUUAUGAAGCCUCAGGGCUUAUUGAUGAAGGAUGCAAUUCAUCUUUUAUCACCCUAAUCCCAAAGAUCCAGGACCCGAUCACGUUAAACGAUUUCCGACCUAUCAGCCUAAUCGGAUGUCUAUACAAAACGAUUUCAAAGGUCCUUGCUGAACGGCUGAAAAAAGUGAUCCACCAUGUGGUAAGUAAAGAGCAAACAGCUUUCAUUAAAGAUAGGAACAUCCUAGAUGGGCCUCUAAUCCUCAAUGAAGUUAUUAGCUGGUUGAAGAAGAACAAAAAGAAAGCGUUCAUUUUCAAAGUUGAUUUUGAAAAAGCUUUUGAUUGUAUUAGUUGGGAUUUCUUGGACUCAAUCAUGCAACAAAUGGAAUUUGGGGAUAAAUGGCGAGCCUGGAUUCGUGGAUGUUUAACUUCAGCAAGGAUCUCGGUUCUUAUCAAUGGUGCAGCAACAAAGGAAUUCAGAAUGGAGUGGGGUGUAAGGCAGGGGGACCCGCUGUCUCCUUUUUUGUUUAUCUUAGCCGCUGAAGGUCUCCAUGUAGCUCCGGAAUCGGCAAGAGAAAAUGGUGUUUAUAGUGGCGUUCAGCUCCCUCGCUGUGGUCCAUCAAUCUCGCAUCUACAGUAUGCUGACGACGUGAUUUUUUUGGGUUCAUGGUCGCUGGAAAACACGAAAAAUCUGAUUAGAAUAUUACGGUGUUAUGAGUUGGCUUCAGGGCUCAAUGUUAAUAUGUCAAAGAGCAAAAUUUACGGACUUGGUGUCCAGUCUUGUGAAUUGGAGUUGGUGGUGUGCAGCUUUAACUGCUCGAUCGGUUCAUUCCCGAUUACCUACUUAGGUCUCCCAGUUGGUGUGUCGAUGGUUCGUGAAACUCAUUGGAAGCCCUUAAUCGAAAAAUUUCGAGCAAAACUCUCGAGAUGGAAAGCCUCCACCCUGUCGUUUGGGGGUAGAUUGACCCUUUGCAAAUCCGUUUUAGGUAGCCUCGGCUCAUAUUAUUUUUCGCUAUAUAAGGCCCCUUCAAAAGUACUUAAAUCUCUGGAACGAACUCGGAUGAAUUUUUUCUGGGGUGGGAGUUUGGAAGCAAGUAAAAUGGCCUGGGUUGCUUGGGAAAAAAUACUAGCUUCCAAAGAAAGAGGGGGUCUUGGGAUUGGCAGUUUGAAAGCGCAGAAUCUUGCUCUUAUGGGUAAAUGGUGGUGGCGUUUCAGAACCCAACAGGACAACAUUUGGGCCAUGGUAAUUCAAGCCAUUCAUGGUUCAGAGGGUGGUGUGGCUCGUCCAAAGGCUGUUAGAAGAAAAAGCAGUUGCUGGGGCUCGAUAGCUUGCCUACCAUCAUUUUUAGACAAAGACCAGGUGCCUUUCCUUUCCUUCUUUCAAAGCUCAUUAAAUCUCGAUGGUUCAUUCAAAUGGUUAUGGUCUCUUGAUCACUCGGGUGUUUAUACUGUAUCCUCACUGCGGAAACACAUUGAUAACCGGUCCCUGCCUUAUAGUAAUGCUGGUUGGAAAUGGAACCCGCUUGUGCCGGGUAAGGUAAACAUAUUAGCCUGGAGAGUCAGCCACUGUCGGCUUCCAUGCAUGGAGAAUUUAAAUAAGCUUGCUAUCAGUUCUUCAGACUUAUGUCAAAUGUGUCAUGAAGCCACAGAAUCAGUAGAUCACAUCUGUGUGGGAUGUCCGAUAGCAAAGGAAGCAUGGGCGCAGGUAUGUAGCUGGUGGCGUCUACUGGGGAACUAUCCAAAUGAUUGUAGGGAGCUGUUAAACUGUAAAGAAUCAUUAAGGGGACAUAAUAGACUGGAAAUGAUACAUGAGGCUAUAAUGCUGGUGUUCUUAUGGGUAAUGUGGAGAUUCAGGAACAACAAGGCUCACUGCUCAAACCUAAACUCCGGAUCAAGAUUGGCUUUGGCUCUCGAGGUACAAACAUUUUCGCAUCUAUGGAUCAAUGCGAGGAAUCGGAAGGGAAGGAAGCUUAGAUGGCUCGAGUGGUGUUGUGAUCCAAUCUUGGAGUGCUAUGGCAGGAUGUAG